AUGGUUGUAUCAAAAAAAUACAUCGUACUCAAUUCUUUUGUUGGAGAACCUAAAAAAAGUGAUUUUAAGAUAAUUGAGGAAGAAUUACCUGCUCUGCAAGAUAAUGAAUUUUUAGCUGAAGCCGCAUACAUAAGCGUAGAUCCAUACCAGCGAAUGAAGCUCGGCGAAAACUAUCCUUGCGAUAUGAUUGGCGGCCAAGUUGCAAAGAUAAUAGAGAGCAAAAAUUCAGAAUAUCCUGUUGGGUCGUGGGUGAUGGGACAUUUCGGUUGGAGAACUCACACGAUCACUAAACCAGAUAAUGAGAAGUUCUGUAAGCAAAAACCUUAUAUGUACAAGUUGCCUGAUUUUGGCGAUUUGCCCAUUUCUUUAGCAGUUGGAAUGUGUGGUAGGGUUGGGAACACUGCUUACUUUGGCUUCACACAGAUCUGUCAACCUAAGCCAGGCGAGACCGUAGUAAUUUCUGGCGCUGCAGGAGCUGUUGGUUGUCAAGUUGGACAAAUUGCUAAGAUAUUCGGAUGUCGCGUAAUUGGAUUUGCUGGCACUGACGAGAAAACCAACUUCUUGGUGAAAGAAUUAGGGUUCGAUUGUGCUGCUAACUAUAAAACAACCAAUUUAAAGGAUUUUCUUAAAGAAAAUGCUCCGAACGGUGUAGAUUGCUAUUUCGACAAUGUUGGAGGCGAAAUUAGUAGUACUGUAAUAUCACAAAUGAACGAAUAUGGUAGAGUAGCUGUCUGUGGUGCUAUUUCCACAUAUAAUGAAACUGACCCUGAAAAACGAAAGGCAACAGUGCUACAGCCAUUCGUAGUCGGAAAGCAAAUAAAAAUUGAAGGGUUCUUAGUCAACCGAUAUGCCGACCGCACAGUGGAAGGAGUGAUCCAAAACUUACAAUGGUUAAAAGAAGGAAAAUUGAAAUACAAGGAACAUAUUACAGCAGGUUUCGAAUCAGCCUCUGAUGCAUUCAUUGGGUUGUUCAAAGGAGAAAACAUUGGUAAAGCAAUAGUUAAAGUAAAAUGA